GCAGGAGAAGCACGGGCUGUCUUCUUGUUCUUCAUCGGAUUAAGCUUUGUACAAAACAACCAUGCAGAUAUCGAACUGAAGCUUGACCAAGCCCUGAUCUCCGUGACCAGUUUCCUUCCUGAAAGAAUUGGUGUGCUCUACGUGUCUGAUGCUUGUUACAAAUGUCUACCACAGCUUCUCCUCACAGUUGAACCUGCUUCAAGGGGUGUGCCUUCCAACAUGAGUGUGGCUGUUAGUACCCGCUUUCCUCUUGCAAUGGAUGUCUUUAUGGGAAGAAAUGUUACCAAUGUUGUUUGCAGAUGGCAGCAAUUAUAUGGAGAGCAAGGCCAGUAUUUGGUAUCUGUCAAGCGGGAAAUGGCUGGGAAGAAUAAAACUGAAGUCUCCUGUACCCUGAUGGUGCAAAAAGACCCAGAAAACAGUUACAUCCCUUUGUGGAUUGCUUUGGCUCUCUUUGUUGCUCUGACCCUUCUCUAUUUCCUUGGAUUCUAUGUCUCCAAGCUACACUGCACACAGAAAUGCUGCCAUUGGCUUCGGGGUAAACUUGUCUCUUAUGAACCUAAAUCUACAGAGCCCCCACGGCCAGUGGCAGAGUUCACCAAAAGCCGAAGACUCCUUUCCCUGGACACAUUCAGAGGAUUUUCUCUUACUCUCAUGAUAUUUGUAAAUUACGGAGGUGGGGGCUACUGGUUCUUCGAGCACGCUGCAUGGAACGGACUGACAGUUGCAGACUUGGUCAUGGCAUGGUUUGUCUUCAUCAUGGGCACAUCAGUAGGGCUGGCUUUCCAUGCGAUUAUGAAAAGAGGAGCGACCCGUAUCCAGCUCUUGCGUAAAUUAACUUGGAGGACUCUGAUCUUAUUUGUGAUAGGAGUCUGCUUCCUGAACUAUGGACCAGUGGAUGGUCCAUUAUCAUGGAGCUGGGCAAGAAUUCCAGGAGUUCUGCAGCGUCUUGGAUUUACUUACUUUGUUUUGGCUUUGAUGCAGGCCUGCUUCGGCAUAAAAGAUAUUGACAACUAUCAGUUUGGUAAUUGGUGGGCUGCAAUCAGAGACGUUAUUCUCUACUGGCCAGAGUGGAUUAUCAUGGCUGCCCUGGAGACCCUGUGGCUCUGUCUGACACUCCUGCUUCCUGUGCCGGGAUGCCCCAGAGGAUACCUGGGCCCUGGGGGGAUAGGAGAUGAUGGAAAAUACCCCAAUUGUACGGGUGGCGCAGCAGGUUACAUCGAUAAGUGGCUGCUUGGAGAAAACCACAUCUACCGCUCUCCUACAUGUAAGGAGUUAUACAAGACCACCCAGCCUUUUGAUCCUGAAGGCAUUUUGGGCACCAUCAACUCCAUUCUGAUGGCUUUCUUUGGACUUCAGGCAGGGAAGAUUAUUCUCCUGUACCGCCGGCGACCACAGAGCAUUUUAAAGAGAUUUCUCUUCUGGGCAAUUUUGCUGGGGAUUAUCUCUGCUAUCCUAUCCAAAUGCACGCAAAAUGAAGGAUUCAUUCCCAUCAAUAAAAAUCUCUGGUCUCUGUCCUACGUCACGACCCUGAGCAGCUUCUCGUUCGUCUUGCUGGGAAUCAUGUUCUAUGUACUUGAUGUGAAAAAUUGGUGGGGAGGCCAGCCUUUCAUUUUCCCAGGAAUGAAUUCAAUCUUUGUCUACGUUGGACACUCCCUUCUGGGCAGCUUCUUCCCUUUCAGCUGGGAAUUAAAGUUUCCAGCCUCCCAUGCCGAGCCCCUCUUUCAGAAUUUAUUGGGCACUUCGAUCUGGGUGUUUCUUGCUUAUCUCCUCUAUAAGAAGAAGUUCUUUUUGAAAAUAUGACUGUUGUUAGACACAGACGUGAUUUAUUUUUGCUUUUGUAAUGCAAUUAUGAGAACUGAAGAUGUGAUUUCAAAACCUUAGAGAGAUGGAGCCACCGCUGCUUACUCUUCUCUGUCCCUUCUACACUAUGUCUGUCUACACAAACCAUGUGUGGUGUUAUCAUACUGUUUGUUACGUGUCUGCAGGAUCCAAGGGCCCUUACAUCACCAUGCAGCGCAACCACAUCACACACAGCUUGUGUAGACAUUGUUUAGAGGGGAUGGAGAAGAGACACAGCAGGGCCAGUUCCAUCCAUUUUACAAAGUCCAGCACAAUCGUGAACUUCCAAGAAAUCCGUCUUCUGUCCCUGGGGCACCCAUGACGAGCAUGUUCUGGAAGGAGCUAUUUUACCAAAAGAGAUUCAGAUUAGGUGGCCCAUUGGAAGUGGCCCAGAAACCAACCCAUAGAUAUAGAAUGUCAUGUUGAAACUGGUCCUGAAUCUCACUUUGGGUAUCAAAAGAUUUAUAAACUUCCACCAUGAAUAAAAAAUACUG